AUGACAACUCAGGAAAAUAUUAAACCUUUGGUAGAUAGAAUAUUAUCAAAUCCUUUACAUUUUAAAUUAGCUACAAAUAAAAAUUCUUCAAAAGCUUCUUCAAUUACAUCAUCUGAAUUAUUGAAAAACCCAUCGUAUUUAGUGAUUAGAUCAACAAAUAAUAAAAAGAAUGCAAUAGGUAAGAAUAAUAAAGGUAAAGAUAAUUUAAACAUAAAAGAAACUGAAUCUGAAACUAAAGAACAAAAUUCUUCAUCAAAUAAAAAAUUAAAGACCAAGAAACCAACAUCAAUGGCAGAAGCUUUAGCAAUGUAUGCAACUGUCGCCACCACCACCACCACUACUACUACUACCACUACUUCUACUACUACCACUACUUCUUCUGGCGGCAAUGAUACUACUACUACUAAUAAUAAUAAACAAGUGGACUCAGUAAAUCUAAUGCAGCUGUCUAGUUCUUUACCUACUACUCCAGAAGAUACUGAUAAUGGAAUGGUAGAUGAUAGUACUAGUAGUGAAGAAGUGUUUCAUGAAGCAAAAGAAUAUAUGUCAUCUGCAAGUGAUGAAAAUGAGCAAAAUGACAUUACUACAAAUAAUAACAAUAUGGACGAAGACUUAGGUGAAGACUUAGGUGAAGACUUAGGCGAGGACUUAGGCGAGGAUCUAGGAAAGCCAUUAGAGUUGACUACUAAAGGUGAUGAUGAAGAAGAAGAAGAAGAUAACGAUGAUGACGAUGAUGAUGAAGAGUGGAAAGGACCAUCCAAUUCAGAUGAUAAAGAAAAUGACGAAGUUGAAAGUGAUGAAGAACAAGAGAAAGGAACUUUACAUACUAAUAAUAAAGACAAUAGUGUAAGUGAAGAUGAUGAAGAUUUGGAAAUUCCACAAAGUGAAAAACUUGCUCUAUAUGAUGAAUCUAUGGAAUAUGAGAGAUCUAAAAAAGAAAAUGAACAAUUAAAAAAAUUGAAACUUGAUAUAACUAUGCGUGAUAUUAUUCAUCCAAAGAGAAAACGUAUGGAAGAAGAUGAAGAUGGAGAUGAAAAAGAAAAUAGUAGACCUAAAAAUAUUAAUGACGAUGUUAAUGGUAAUGAAAAUGAGCAUGACGAAGACAAUGAAGGAGAAGAAGAAGAUGAUGAAGAAGAAGAACUAAAACAUAAAUCACCCUUAUCUCAAAGAUCAGUAACACCUCCAACAACAAUUUCUGAUAUUGACAAUUUUUAUAAAUAUAAUGAACAUCAAAAUGAUCAAGGUUCAAUCUUACCUUCACGGAUUUUAAAAAAUUGGGGUCCCGAAUUUUCAACUUUAAAACCUCGUGGUCUUUUAAAUCAUGGUGUCACUUGCUAUACCAACGCAGCAGUGCAGGCAAUGUUGCAUAUUCCAGCAAUUCAACAUUAUUUAAUAGACAUCUUAAACGGUAAAUAUAAGAAAGAACUUAAACCAAAUUCCGUUUCUGAAAUUUUUGCUGAAACUAGUAAAAAAAUGUGGUUGCCAAAUGAAAAGAAUAAGAAAAAGGUUAGUGGUUCUGGAUACUAUGAUCCGAAGAAACUAAUCUCUAGACUUGAAGAUAUCAACUUUUCGAUGAGUGAAUGGCAACAAGAAGAUUCGCAUGAAUAUUUCAUGUCUCUAAUGUCUCGUUUACAAGAAGAUUCCGUACCUCCAGGUCACAAAUUGACAGAAUCUAUAAUAUAUGAUAUCUUUGGAGGUCUUUUGAAACAAUGUGUUACAUGCAAAUCAUGUGGUGAAGUUUCAAAAACUGAACAACCAUUUUAUGAUUUAUCCCUACAUUUGAAAGGUAGAAAAAUUGUAUCUCCUUCUUCAGAUGGUAAAAAAUCACCAAAAGGUCAGGAAAAUCCUGUGUCAACCGAUAAAUCACCACAGACAUCAAAUGCUGAGAAUGGUGAAGCUGUUAACCGUAGAUUUUCUAUUGAGAAAUCAAUUAGAGAUUUCUUCAAUCCAGAAUUAAUUAAAGUUGAUAAUGAACACAAAGGUUACAUAUGUGAGAAAUGUCACAAGACAACAAAUGCCGUCAAACGUAACACUAUCUUGAGGGCUCCAGAGACACUAUUGGUUCAUCUAAAGAAAUUUAGAUUCAACGGAACUUCAUCCUCUAAGAUGAAACAAGCUGUGUCGUAUCCAAUGUUUAUGGAUUUAACAGAAUAUUGUGAUACAGAAGAUAUUCCUGCAGGGAAGAAACUUUUACCUGUAAAAUAUCAAUUAAUAUCUGUAGUUGUUCAUGAGGGCCGUUCGUUAUCAUCAGGACAUUAUGUUGCUCAUUGUAAGCAGCCGGACGGUUCUUGGGCCAAUUAUGAUGAUGAAUAUAUUAAUAAAAUGUCUGAAAGAGACGUUUUAAGAGAACCAAAUGCAUAUUAUCUCGUUUAUACUAGACUAACACCUAAAGCUAUAAAGUUGAGAAACUCAGUUCUACAAAGUAGUUUCUUAUCAGCAACAUCUAAUGGAAACAACGACAACAAAGAUAACAGAUCUGCAAAUACAUCGAGUAACAAUUCCACCAGAAACGGCAGUAAUAAAAACAAAAAGAAUAAAAAUUGGAAAAAGAACAAAAAAAGAAGAUUUAACAAAUACUAA